AUUGACAAGAAUGAAGUUGAAGGUGGAAUGGGAAUGGACGAUCGUGUUGUGCUGAACGUUGGUGGCAUUCGGCAUGAGACAUAUCAAGCGACCCUCAAAAAGAUUCCUGCCACUCGAUUGUCACGCCUUACGCCAGCGUUAGCGAAUUUUGAUCCUCUGCUUAACGAGUAUUUUUUCGAUCGACAUCCAGGCGUUUUUGCACAGGUGCUGAAUUAUUAUAGAACCGGAAAACUGCACUAUCCAACCGAUGUCUGCGGUCCAUUGUUCGAGGAAGAGCUGGAGUAUUGGGGAUUAGAUGCUAACCAAGUGGAACCGUGUUGUUGGAUGACUUAUACGCAGCAUAGGGACACACAAGAGACCCUCGCGGUACUCGAUAAAUUGGAUAUCGAUAAUUGUAAAGAUGAGGAUCCGGAAUUGAGAGAACAAGAACUAAUGAAAAAAUUCGGUUGGGAGGAACAAUUUUAUGAGGGUCGCGUUUCACUGUGGAUGAAAUAUAAGCCCAGGGUUUGGGCUCUCUUCGAUGAGCCUUAUUCUUCCCAAGCGGCAAAGGUGAUAGCCGCAGUCUCAGUUUGUUUCAUUGUGAUAAGUAUUCUGUCGUUUUGUAUGAAAACCCAUCCAAGCUUCCGCAUCGCUGUGUUGUCGCUGCGCAACUCUUCUUCCGACGAGCACAUUGGCAUACAACGAGUUGCAACCGAACCUCAUCAAGUUUUCAGUCAGGUAGCAAUCAGUUUUCCAUUCGCUAACAGCUACUUUCCAUCCAAACUGUUCACCGCUCGUUUGCUUUUCGAAUCGACGAAAAUAGCAACAUUAAGUUUCUAUGCGGAUGCCGUUUUGGUGCGUUUAUUAGAUGAAGACGCACCAAAGGAUGUAGUCGAGUUCCUCUCGAUGAUUCGUAUUUUACGGUUAUUCAAACUCACUCAACAUCAUCGUGGCCUUCAAAUACUUAUUCAUACGUUUCGCGCCUCAGCUAAAGAGCUCAUUUUACUGGUGUUUUUUCUUAUUCUUGGUAUUGUCAUAUUUGCGGCACUUGUUUAUUAUGCGGAAAAAAUGGAAUCGAACCCAGAUAACCAAUUCUUAAGCAUACCUCUUGGCUUGUGGUGGGCAAUCUGUACCAUGACAACGGUUGGCUACGGGGAUAUGACCCCGCACACAGCGUUAGGUCGAUUGGUUGGCAGUCUUUGUGCUGUUAUGGGUGUUCUAACAAUUGCACUACCAGUGCCUGUUAUUGUUAGCAAUUUUGCGAUGUUCUAUUCACAUACACAAGCACGAGAGAAGUUGCCGCGGAAGCGAAGGAGAGUGUUACCCGUGGAACAGGUACGAUUGCAAGUUCGUCGGCAUGCAGCAGUAAUGGAGAUUGCAACAAUACAGAGGAGAAAUGCAAUUGCACCCCCACUUCUAUCGAAUUUGAAUGACGAACACAACGAAGAUGAGGAGAGUGUGACAACGUCGGAGCAAAAGGAUACGAAAUCUGAGGAUAUCAGCAACGAAAACGUCAUCUUUCCAAUUGCUGAAGGAGACACACAUGAAAUGGAUUAUGUGCGAAGUUGA